CAAUGUCUGCAUUGCCAAUAAAGUUGAUAUAUUAAAAAUGUUUGUGCAUCGAUUAACAAAACUUACACAAUUUAGAAGUCUUUCAACGUCGACUUCUAAAUUAACUGCAAAUUUAAACAUCAAGUCGCUACAUGAUGAAAAUAAAUUAGGAGAAAACAUAACCAUAAAGGGUUGGGUCAAAGCAAUCCGAAAAAUGAAAUCAACAGUUUUCCUUGAUAUCAACGAUGGUUCUUGUAACAAUGUACUCCAGGUUACUUUACCCGCUGAAAAGAAACAUGAGCUAGUUACUUACGGAGCUUCUGUAGAAGCUAUCGGACAGUUAGGUUUGACGCCUAAGCAACAAUUAGAGCUAAAAGCCAAUGAAGUUAAAUUAAUAGGUAAAUGUGCAGUCUCUGACAAUUACCCAUUCGCUCCAAGAAAGGUUUAUCCUCCUGAUUAUGUCAGAAAGUUUUUACAUAUGAGAAGUAGGACUUCAAAACAAUCUGCAUUGUUAAGAGUUAGAAGUCGAGCCACUUUAGAAACUCAUAACUUUUUUAUCAAUGAUAAUUUUGUUCAUGUGCACACUCCUAUUCUGACGUCAAAUGAUUGUGAAGGAGCUGGGGAGGUUUUUAGGGUACAACCAGAGAGUAUGACCACAUUGAAAAUGAUGGCUAAAAAGGAUGUUCCUUUAGAUCAGGCUUAUUUUAAUACUAAAGCCUAUUUAACUGUGUCCGGACAGUUGCAUUUAGAAGCAGCAGCGCAUGGACUAUCAAAUGUAUAUACAUUUGGCCCCACUUUCAGGGCUGAAAAUUCUAGGUCAACAUUACAUCUUUCUGAAUUUUACAUGAUAGAAGCUGAAAAAGCUUUUGUAACGAAUUUAUUAGAUAUUACCAAACUUUGCGAAGACAUGAUAAAAAGUAUAGCAGAAAAAACAUUAAGUGCUUGUGAAUCAGAUUAAAAAAUAUCAGAUGACAAUGAUGUCAAAUACGAUUGGAUAAAUAAAGAAUUUGGUGUAAUGGAAUAUGAUGAAGCUAUUGAUAUUUUAUUGAAAAGCAAUCAGAAGUUUUCAACACCUGUAGAGAAGAACCAAGCGUUAUCAAAAGAACAUGAAUUUUAUUUAGUACAACAUAAUAAUAAUAUUCCUUUGUUUGUUAUAAAUUGGCCAAAAGAAAUUAUCUUUUAUAUGAAACAAAAUGAAAGUGAUGAAUCCAAGGUUGCAGCCUUUGACUUAUUUGCUCCUGGAGUUGGUGAAUUAGCAGGAGGAAGUUUAAGAGAAAAUAAUUAUGAUUUAUUAAAACAACGAUUACCAAAUUCAGAUAAUUUUGAAUGGUAUUUACAACUGCGAGAGUUUGGUAAUGUUCCAACUGGAGGUUUUGGAUUAGGUUUUGAAAGGCUUUUGCAAUUUUUAACAGGUAUUUCAAAUAUUAAAGACACUAUACCAUUUCCUCGGUGGCCUCAUAAUUGUAUGUUAUGA